AUGGACAAUAAAAUAAUUGCAGAAUAUAGAAAUACAUUUAAUUUCUUUGAUACAAAUAAUGAUGGAUACAUUACAUCUGAUGAAUUGGAAAAAGCUAUGAAUAAAUGUGGUGUCUUUCCAAGUAAAUUAGAAUUAAAAAUGAUUAUGAAAAAAGGUGACCAAGAUCAAAAUGGUGUUAUAACUUUUGAUGAGUUUGUUGUUCUUAUGGAAAAUCAGGAACAAAAAAUGAAAUAUACUGAAAAACAACUUAAAGAACAAUUUCGAAUGUUUGACAAAGAUAAUGAUGGAUUUAUUGAAAGAGAUGAAAUGAUAGAUAUUGUUCAAGAGUUGUCACUAGGAGCAUACUAUCCACGACAUAUUAUUAAUCAACUUUUUCGUGAAGCUGAUGUUGAUGGAGAUGGAAAAAUAAGUUUUAAUGAAUUUGUAAUGGCUGUUAGUUAA